AUGAGAUCCAUCAUAUUCAUAACUUUCUUCCUGGCUUCAAAAGCUUUUGGGCAAGAUCCUGGCUUGCCGGUUGCCAACCCCACCAUAUCCUACUGGCAAAUCCCCCCUUUGGAAGGAGUCGCGGAUCAUCAGUCCGAACACCUACCGACGGAUGCGGAUGUUGUCAUUAUAGGCUCGGGCAUGUCGGGAACUAGCAUCGCCUGGCAUCUUCUCAAGGAGAACAACAGCUCAACACCGCUGAGGGUAGCCAUGAUCGAAGCUCGGCAGGCUUGCUCUGGUGCGACGGGAAGAAAUGGAGGUCACAUCAGACCGUCUUCCUAUGCCGAGUAUGCUGGCGCUAAGACAGCAGUAUCACGAUCAGAAGCCGCCAAGAUCACCCGGUUGCGCUCCGCCCAUGUGGAUGCCCUGAUCUCUGCAGCUAACUCUCUUCCGGAAGAGGGAAAACUAGCUGCAGAAGCUCGUGUUGUGGAUAGCAUCGACGCCUUCUUCGAUGAAGAGAGAUGGAAGACAGCUGUCGAACAGGUCAAGAUCCUCAAGGAUGAAGUUGCAGACGUUGGAGCUGAAUGGUCAAUCUUUGAAAGUGAAGAAGCUCGCAAUAUAUCGCUUCUCACUGAGACUGUUGGGAUUCUUACCGGGACAACCAAGAUGGCUGGUGCAAUUUGGCCAUACCGCUUCAUUACCCAUGCGCUGAAAUCACUUCUGAGCACCUACCCUAGCUUCACUUUGGACACCAACACAGUUGCCUUGAACAUUUCUGCCAUCACCGAGUCGGCCAGUCCUUCAAACUAUGAGGUCCACACUUCCAGAGGAAGCAUCAGGACCAAGCACGUAGUUUAUGCGACCAACGCUUGGACACCACACUUUGUUCCCGGCUUACAAGGCGCCAUCCGUGGAGGCCGCUUGCAUAUGAGUGCCCAGCUUGGAGGCAACGGCUUGCCCAAAGCCGGAGAGUGGCCAUCGUAUACCGGAAAUGGAAGUUUGGCUGGAGGACGUGCCUGGUCUCUGUAUCGAAAUGGCUUGGAUUACAUUGUCCAGAUGCCUCGGAACGGAGAACUCAUGUUCGGCGCAGAUGUUGACGGUGACGACGCCAAUGUCGACACCUACGACGACAGCCGGGCUCCCCUUCACCUUUCCGCCUCAUAUCUCAACGGAGCUCUACCAAACCACUUCGGGUACGACAUUUGGGGUUCUGAGAGAAAUGAUUUUCCACAAUCUUCGGACCCCAGGGUCUGGAAUGGUCGCACGAAGCGUGUCUGGGUUGGCAUCGAAGGAAGCUCAGUGGACUCCAGACCAUUUGUAGGCCGAAUCCCUCAGUCUGUCACAGGCCGAUCUGUAAAGAAUACUUCAACUGGGAGUGAGUGGGUGUCUGCGUCUUUUGACGGCGAAGGGAUGUGCUUUGCUUGGCUCUGUGGUCGUGCACUCAGUCGAAUGAUAUCGAACACCGGCUCUGGAGCGAAUGCCAGCAACGGCAGUUCAACUAUCCCGGAAUGGUUUCCAGAUUCUUUCUUAGUCACCGAAGAGCGGUUGGCAAAAAAGAAUGUUACUAAGAGACAAAUACGCCAGUGGACGCACCCACGCAUGGCCAAGGUUUUGCAUUGGGAGUAG